AUGAAAGUGUUAGAUAUAAGGACCCCCCCCUCAUUUGUCCAAUUUUCUAGUCUUUUUUUUAUAAGAAAUUUUUUUUUUUUCAGGACCUCAUUUGUCCCAAAAUCUAGUCAAAAAUGAUUUGUCCAAUUUUCUAGUUUUUUUUGGAUUUUUUCGAAUGCCCUAAAUUCUAGUUUUUUACUUUAAAAAAACUAGAAAAUGAGACAAUUGAGGUCCUGAAAUUUUUUUUUUCUAUCAAAAUUUUGACUAGAAAAUUGGAUAAAUGAGGUCCUAAAUAAAUUUUUAUUCCUAUAAAAAAAAAUAGAAAAAUGGACAAAUGAUAAAAGACUAGAAAAUUGGACAAAUGAGGGGGGGGGUCCUUACAUGAUCUGGCCAAUUUUGAUUUUCUUGACCCUCCGAAUCCAGAAACCAUGAUGAGAGCUCUGGAAACUUUGAAUUUUUUAAAUGCUAUAAAUGAUGAAGGAGAACUCACUAGUGAAGGCCGAUGGAUGGCAGAGUUCCCUCUUGAUGUUGAGAUGAGCAAAAUUCUGAUAUCAAGCCCAAAAUAUGUGUGUAGUGAAGAAAUUCUGACCUUGGUUUCUGUUUUAUCCUCACAUUCACCAUUUGUCAGGACAAAAGAGCAUGCUGAAGCAGCUGAUAAAGCAAAAGCGCAAUUUAUUCAUCAGGAUGGAGACUUUUUAACUUUAUUGGCAGUUUUUAAUGAAUAUAUGAGGGAAGGGCAAAACAUUGAAUGAUGCAAUCAAAACUUUUUAAACCCAAAAAGCUUGAAAUCGGCAGCUGAAAUUCGAGAGCAAUUGAGUCAAAAAAUGGCGAGACUUGGGCUGCCAUUGAUAUCACAAAAAAAUAAUUUAAGCGAAAAUUUGAGAAAGUGCUUGGCUUGUGGAUUUUUUAUGCAUGUGGUGCAUCAGGAAAGGGCUGGAGUUUAUAUCACGCUUAAGGAGAAACAGCAAGUUGGAAUUCAUCCGAGUUCAACCGUAGGGAAACCAGAGUGGGCGAUUUAUCAUGAGUUUGUGAUUACACCGAAUAAGUAUAUAAGGACAGUUUCUCCAAUAAACGCUGAGUGGCUGCUAGAGAUUGCUCCUCACUAUUUUGAAUUGAGCAGAUUUCCUGAAUCACAAGGGAAAAAAAUGCUAGAAAGACUGCAGAAAAUGAUGAGAAAAAGAGAAAAGGAAGAUGAAGAGGAAGAAUAUGAUUAA